GGGACACCCGCAAUAGUCCUCGCUGUCGGCGGCGCUGGGCGGGGAGCGGCGGGCGAGCUGCCCCCUCCUCUCCCCCCCCCUCCUCCUCCUCCCCAUGGAGGGGCCGUACGCGCUCGGGGUGAGCGUGUUCUCGGACCAGGGCGGCAGGAAAUACAUGGAGGACGUGACCCACAUCGUGGUGGAGCCCGAGCCGCCGCCAGGGCCGCACAAAGGCGGAGCGGCGCCCGCAGGCCCCGGCGCCGCCGAGCCCCCGGCCGAGGGCGGGCGGCGCCGGGGGGGGACCCCGCGGGCGGCCGAGGAGGGAGCGCAGCCCCCCGGCAGCGGCCCCGGGCGGCGGCCCCGCCGCUCCGUCGCCUUCUUCGCCGUGUGCGACGGGCACGGCGGGCGGGAGGCGGCCCAGUUCGCCCGGGAGAACCUGUGGGGCUUCAUCAAGAAGCAGAAGGGCUUCGGCUCGGCCGAGCCGGCCGAGGUGUGCGCGGCCCUGCGCAAGGGCUUCAUCGCCUGCCACCGCGCCAUGUGGAAAAAGCUGCCAGAGUGGCCCAAGACCAUGACGGGCCUGCCCAGCACGUCGGGGACGACGGCGAGCGUGGUGAUCAUCCGGGGCUCCAAGAUGUACGUGGCCCACGUGGGGGACUCGGGGGUGGUGCUGGGGGUCCAGGAUGACCCCAAGGACGACUUUGUGAGAGCUGUGGAGGUCACACAGGACCACAAGCCAGAGCUGCCCAAAGAGAGGGAGAGAAUCGAGGGCCUUGGGGGCAGCGUGAUCAACAAGUCCGGAGUGAACCGUGUGGUGUGGAAGAGGCCCCGGCUGAGCCACAACGGCCCCGUUCGCCGCAGCACCGUCAUCGACCAGAUCCCCUUCCUGGCCGUGGCCAGAGCCCUGGGUGACCUCUGGAGCUACGACUUCUACAGUGGGGAGUUUGUGGUGUCCCCUGAGCCCGACACGAGCGUUCACACCAUCGACCCCCAGAAACACAGAUACAUCAUCCUGGGCAGUGACGGGCUCUGGAACAUGAUCCCACCCCAGGAUGCCAUCUCCAUGUGCCAGGAUCACGAGGAGAAGAAGUACUUCGUGGUGAGAGCAUUCCUUCCCCCUCAGCUGUCGGAAGAUGAGCCGUGGCCACGCCUGAGCGCCGCCGAGCCCGUCCCUCCCCUCCUGCACAGCCCCGCGCUCACAGACAAGUACCUGGAGCUGCCAACCGAGAUUGCCAAAAGCAGCGUCCCUCCCUCGGGAGGAGCCCCGAAGGAUUCCGGCCCCCAGGAGGAGAAGUGCAGCAAAGCGCUGGCUCUGCGGAUACAGGAAUCCUACGGCAGCGGCCUGUCGGUCAGCCUGGCCCCCUCCAACUCCGCCAACUCAGGCACGGACCAAAAAGGCUUCAAGGUGUCCCCUGCCGGCCAAACUAAAGCGCAGGAGGCGGAGAAAACGCCCGCGGCGAACUUUAAAAGGACCUUGGAGGAAUCCAACUCGGGCCCGGCGGUGAAGAAGCCGCGGCGGGGGCUGGGCCGGGCGCUGGGCCCGCAGGGGGAGGCCCCGGCCCGCAGGACCCCCGCCAAGCUGGCCAUGAGGCGCAGCCUGCGCGGGCAGAAGAAGCUCAGCCCCGGCCUCUUCCACCCGCCCAGGAAAGCCGUGUGCGUGUGCUGAGGGAGGCACAGGAGGCGCUCAGUGGGUGCAGAAAGUUUUGGAAACUCUUUUAUCUUUUUUUAAUAAAAGUAGAAACUUUUUUUGGUAUCCGACAGCUUUAUCCCCCCCUCCACCCCCUCCCGGCCUUGUACUUGCUUGUAUUAUAACUGUGAAUUUUGUAGAUGUGUAGGGUAUAAGUCACUGUAAAAUGUGUGUAAAUUUGUAUUCCUUCAUAUAAAUGUAGUCUCUUUUUUUCUUCCUUGUAUAAUUGUUUUAAAACCUUGUUUUUAAAAAGGAAAAAAAAAAAAAAACCCGAACACAAAAAAUUAAUCCUUUUUGUUAAUUUACUAAAGUCAUCGAUUUGUAUACGCUUCUUGUGAGGAGAAUUUCACAACUUUUUAACGAAAGUAAAUUAUUAAACAGAACGGGAGAUAUGUAUUUUCGUAGUCCAAUAUGUUCCACCUAAGGUGUGUCUUUUAGAGAAUACACUAGGUCUAUAUUUUGGUUUUAAAUUUUAGAUUUCUCUACUCAGAAAUGAAAUGUAUGUGGAAGCAGAGAUUUGGGUCUUGCUUUACACACCUCCAUGUCGAUUUUAUGUUCAUUAAAAUACUAUGCAGUAUCUUUAUUUAGUUGUAUUUUUUGUAACAAUGAUCGUCAAAAGUAUUUAGCAAAAAAAAAAGUGUGUUUUAAAAAAAAACUCCCAACUCCCCAGAGCAUCCAACAAAGCCAUUCCCAUCCCCUGUUCCAGAUGAUGGCAUUUUAUCCAGGCAUAACUGCCCUUUGGAGACGUGUUUUCUGGUAUUCCAAUACUGAUGGUGCUGCUAAUACCUUUCAACACAAGUUCUUAAAUUAUUUUAUGACUAUUUUCAUUGACUGUGUGGACCAUGUGUAUGUUCACCUCAAUAAAACACAUGAAAAUCUCAA